AUGCUCACUAGAUCUCACUGGUCCACGAAGCCGCUGAACCAGAUGACGAAUAGAGAUUGGAGAAUAUUCAAAGAAGAUUUUGAUAUCACUACUAAGGGGAAUACUAGCGAACAGAUGCUUCGAUAUUGGAACGAGAGUGCUAUACCUAACAAGGUUAUUAGCCUCAUACAAAAUCUCAAGUAUUUGGAACCUACCCCAAUUCAAAGAGCUACAAUUCCACUAGGCUUGGUCGGAAGAGAUGUAGUGGGUAUUGCGGAAACGGGUUCGGGAAAAACAUUAGCAUUUCUUAUACCAGCAAUAUCGUACGUUUUGAAUUUGCCACCAGUACGACCAUUUGAAAGUCCAUACGUCCUCAUCAUCGUUCCAACAAGAGAAUUGGCUCAGCAAAUUGAAUCAGAGUCUCAAAAAUUCAUGAACAAUUUACAUUUCAAUGUAGCAUCUAUUGUAGGCGGCCACAGUUACGAUGAAAAUAUAGAAAAGUUAGAAAGAGGGGUUGAGAUUUUGAUAGGAACACCAGGAAGGUUACUUGAUAUUCUAGAAAAAAAAAUUCUUGACUUGAAUCGAUGCUUUUUUUUGAUCGCAGAUGAAGCUGAUCGGAUGGUUGACAUGGGAUUCGAAAAACAAGUCCAAAGUCUGCUAGAACAGCUUCCUCCAGGAAAAGAAAAUCCAUUCCCAUUAUCUGAAGGACAGCCCAAAAGAACAACAAUGAUGUUCACCGCAACUCUCCCACCCAGCAUUGAAAAGCUUACGUCCAAAUACUUGGUUGAUCCAGUAACAGUAACAGUAGGAAACACUGAAAACGCAGUUGAAUCAGUGAUACAAGAUGCGAUACAAGUGCCAAACGAUGAUGAGAAAAAGAUGGCAGCUUUGAAAAAUAUUCUAUUCUCAAACAGUCGCAAAUACCAUCCUCCGAUUAUUAUCUUCGUUAAUUAUCAGAAAACAUGUGAUACACUAUCAAAUUUUCUUACUAAACUGAAUUUCAGGCCCGCAAUAAUCAAUGGAUCAAGAACCCAAAGUCAAAGAGAAGAAGCAAUCAGUAGAAUGAAAUCACGAGAUGCGGACAUAUUGAUCGCUACGGAUGUUGCUGCGAGAGGAAUCGAUAUUGCCAACGUUUCGCUUGUCAUCAACUAUCAAAUGUCAAAAUCCAUAGCAGAGUAUGUUCAUCGGAUAGGUAGAACCGGUAGAGCGGGAAAUACAGGUACAGCUAUAACUUUAUGGAAUGCUGAAACUGACUGUGAUGUAUUGUUUAGCUUGAAAUCCAUGAUUGUCAGCAGUAAAGUAAGUAAAUGUCCUAGCGAUCUAUUGCGGCACGAAAAAGCCCAACAAAAGCAAUUCAAAAACAUUGAGUCAUAA